AUGUCUUCCUCAAAUUCCAACAGAGGAGGCGGCAGGUUGGGAUAUCACGGAAGCAAGGACUGGAUAAAUAACAGCAAAUCUCGAAGGAAAAACUUCUAUUCUUCUUCAUCUGCAGCAGCAGCAGCAGAAGCAACAGGAACAGGGUCCAUACCGAAUCCAUCUGCAACUACUUCAUCAUCCACUGAAGCCACAAACUUACCAAAUUUAUCGCGACGAGAUUUUAAAAGCAAUGGACCAGGAUCAUCAUCUUUAACCCAUCUGAAAGACUCACAGCCUACUCGAAAUGGAUCAUCUUAUUCAUCAAACUAUUAUUUCAACCUGGGAUAUGGUGGGUAUGACAACGGUCUGUAUCGAUCAGAUAGUUGGAGGAAAGCAAGUGGAGAGUCACGACGGCUGGCAGGAAGUCAGAAACCAACAUUAUCUGGUUCAUCUUCUGGUUCAUUAACGUCAACUUCAUCUCCGGCCAGUGCAUACAAGAAUGGGCGGUAUGACUCUUACACUACAGACACCGGUGCUUAUGGACCUAAUCGAUGGAAAAGCAGCCGCAAUUUUGGCGCAUCAUCGGCUAGAUAUUCAGCUAAAGAUAGGAUACGAAAUGGUAAAUCUUCCUUGACUAACCUGUACUUACCAAGUAGCAAUAGCGUACCAUUGGGCUCAUCUACGGCAAGCAACCCCGAUUCAUUCGGUCCAGCCGCAAAUAGUACUGGGUACAAAUACUACGAUCCUUCGAAAUCUUACGGGUCUUAUUAUUCAGGCUCGUACGCCAAAGAUAAAGGCUCUUCGCUAUCUCAACUGCGUGUGCCAUUUUCAAACCCUCGAGACUAUAAAUCGAGAUACGGGAAUAGAUAUGGCGGAAGCACUUUGAUCAACCCUGCCGAAAAAAGAGCGAAAGAAAAGGAACUUGUAGGAGAACAAGAUAGUGUGAAUGAAUAUGAUGAUAGUGAUGAUGUUGGCAGCAACUCAAAAUUGAAGCAUGAAGAUGAUGACAAUCAAAGUGAAGUCACUGAGAAUGGUGAGCGCGAUAUCCAUAAUAAAGAACGCAUGACUCGCGAAUACAAUGAAGCCGAUGAAACUCAAGACGACAUAUCACAACAAGCUAUAGAGGAAAAACUGGUGGAAACUUCUGCUGAACCAGAGUUGAAGGAUGUCUUGGAAGAUGAGGUGUACUUGAAGAAGGUGCGAAUUGAAACGCCACCGGUGAUCGCAGAGGCUGACACUAAAGUAGCCAUUGAGUAUGAUGAAACCAGCACGAUUGACGGAGUGGAGAAUGUUUAUCGGUACCCACUUCCAGAAAUACCACACAAGUAUGAGGAAAUGAAGAAAGAAUUUCAGCAAUUGGGAGGGAGCUCAUUAAAGUACCUAUUGUCCACGCCUAUUAGUGAUUUUUCUGAUUACCCUUUUUUCAUCAACAAUUAUGAAGAGUUCUAUCAGCAGAAACGGACGGCACUUGUAAAUAUAUUGAAAGAGAAGAACACUAAUGUGCAAACCAAGACUUUAGAUUUGUUAAACGAGUACAACGAAAUGCUGAAGAAGUGGGGUAAAUGCAGGCUAAAGAUGGAUCAACAGCUUCGAGUACUACACCCUCCUGACGAUGAAAUGAAGAGAGAACUUGACUCUAGUGAUUUGAGGAAGCAAUACCAACAACAGCAGCCAUCUGUUGGCAGUACAACCACCACGUCACCACAUGUUGGCUCAUUUGAUUUGCCUACCGUAUCUAGUCGACGCAGUAGCAGAAGACAUGGGGAUUUGGUUACAACCGAGGCGGAAUUUCAGGAGAUUCUACUCACUUUGGGCCAGCAACAAGAGGACCCUCUUUUGAAAGCUCAACGAGUGGCUGCAGAUAUCCCUGACAUGAUUAUGGAUCCUGUUGAAAAAAAUGAAGUCAAGUUUAUGGACUCCAACAAUGCAGUCAAUGACAAACAUGCAUGGGCCAGCAGAAUUGGGUCAGAUUUCCACAAUACCUUUUCGGAAAAAGAACACGAAUUAUUUACUGAAGCAUUUUGCUUAUUUCCAAAAAGAUUUGGCGCUAUUUCUAGGUAUAUGGGUGGCUUGCGAACUGCUGCUGAAUGUGUUCUUCAUUAUUACAUGACUAAAAAGCAAUUGAACUACAAGCAAUUGUUGGUUCAGCGUCGCAAGGCCAGCAAGAAAAGCAAGCGCGUCAAGAGUUCAGGACGUCCGAAAUCUACCCCACAACAACCAGCUGAUCAACCUGAAGGUUAUUUGGCAGGUCCCACCAGUGCGGUAUCUGAUGGCAGCCAAGACGUCGUGUCAGCAGAUCUUAGCGUGCCAAAUGAAUUAGUAACCCCGAGCAUGACACCUGUUGCUGAAGUUCCAGGAGCAGAAACAGUACCCAUUAUUGAAACCGGUCGCAAGAAACGCGCUACAGGAACUAAAGCCACCGAGAAGCGAAAACAAAAAGCUGAAUUAGAAGCCUCUGAAGAUGGACAAAAGCCAACAGAAAAGAAACGGAAAAGAACAACUAAGAAGCCAGUUUCGGCAGAUGGUAUUACAAAGCCGGCGGAGAAGAAGAAAAGAGUCAGUAAAAAGCAAGCUGCGGAAGAGGCAUUAGCAGCAAGCAUGGCUCAGGGUGUUCCUGCCACUAAUGCGGAGCUGACUAAAGUCUCUAUUGGUGCAUUGACAAAUGUCCUGAAUUACCCCUCCAAUAUCAUACAGCCUGAAAUCAAUACAGGAAGCUCCCCUAUUAUGCAACAAUAUGCUUAUCAUUUGCAACAAUCAACCUCACAGAAUGAUCGACAACAAUAUGCACAACCGAUUGAGCAGCAAAAGGUUCAAGUCCAGCAACAGUAUGAGCAACAACUUCGAUUCCAACAGCAACAGCAACAGCAACCGCAACCACAGCAGCCACAUAUUUACGCCCAAUACCAGGCCCAGUAUCAACCCUCUUACCAGUCACAACUGCCAUCAUUUGCUCCUCAGCGCUCAGCUCCAGUGUUCCCAUCAAUCCGAAAUCUACUUACGGAGCAGGAUACACCGGUCUAUCAGCAAAGCAAUUAUGCACCAGCUCCCAUCGAGCAACACCAAGUACACGCUCAACAGCAAUUGCAACAGCAGCAGCAACCGUUACCUUCGUACCAACAACCAGCUCCUCACCCACAAUCAUCAUCUUCUCAACCACAAUCACACCGUACGAGCUCAAUCAUGAGUCUUUUGAACUCAGACGAAAAACCAGCUGUUGCACAACAAAGAGCUAAAACCAAUUUACGUGACUUGCUAAAUUAA